AUGUUGCCCUACAUCAACGCACCUUUUGAAUAUGUGGCUGGUGUGCUUGGAAACUCGGCUGAUGAGCUCAAGCUCGUCUUCUCUUUUUACUUGUCAUAUCCCUUAGCUGCUAUCCUAAAAAGGAUACCUGACAAGGAUCCAUGGAAGAAGAAUCUCUUCGUGAUAGGCGUCUCUAUGUUCUACCUAGUGGGACUUUUUGACCUAUGGUCUGGCCUAAGAACCAUACUCAUCAGUGCUGGCGGAGCCUACCUUAUCUCUUCUAAGAUCCACUCGCCGUACAUGCCAUGGAUCGGGUUCGUGUUCCUUAUGGGCCACAUGUCAGUGAACCACAUUUACCGACAAGCCGUAAACGACCCAUCUGUCUUCGACAUCACCGGAGCUCAAAUGGUUCUGGUCAUGAAGCUUACCGCCUUCUGCUGGAACGUCCAAGACGGUCGCCUUCCUGAUUCUGAACUCACCGAAGUCCAGCGAGACCACGCCAUCCGGACUAUGCCCAGUAUCCUCGACUACAUUGGCUACGUCUUCUUCUUCCCCGCCAUCAUGGCUGGUCCAGCCUUUGACUACGCCGACUACAGUCAAUACAUCACCACGACUAUGUUCACACUCCCCCCAGGCACUGAUCCAUCGAAGGCGCCACCAACGCGCAAGAAGCGUAAGAUUCCUCGCAGCGGCAUGCCUGCCUUCAUGAAAGGAAUAUACGGUACCCUCUGGCUUAUAGCGUUCAUCAAGUUCUCAAGCUGGUAUUACCCAGCUUUCUUCCUUGGUGGCGAGUACAUGCAAUACAACUUCUUCCGUAGGGUCUGGCAGCUCUAUAUGCUUGGUCUUACAACUCGCAUGAAGUACUAUGCAGUUUGGAGUCUGUCUGAGGGUUCAUGCAUUCUCUCUGGAAUCGGCUAUAACGGCCUUGAUCCCAAGACUGGCCGACCCAAGUGGGAUCGUCUCACCAACAUCAUGCCACUCGAAAUCGAGAGCGCGCAGAAUGCUCGCGCUUACCUUGGCUUUUGGAACAUCAACACCAAUAACUGGUUGAAGAACUACAUGUAUCUUCGAGUGACACCAAAGGGUCAGAAACCUGGCUUCAGGGCUACUCUAGCGACUUUUGUGACCAGUGCAUUUUGGCAUGGCUUUUACCCUGGCUAUUACCUUGCGUUUGUCCUAGCAGCAUUCGUACAAACUGCCGCGAAGAAUGGCCGCCGUUUGAUUCGCCCACUGUUCAUGACGCCUGAUGGAAAAUCGCCCUUGCCUUCCAAGAAAUACUAUGACCUAUUUACCGUCUUCCUUACGCAGACUGUCUUUGCCUAUGUAGUUGCACCCUUCAUCUUGCUCGGUUUCUCCGACACGAUCAAGGUCUGGGCAAGGGUCUACUUCUACACCCUGAUCGGUGUCGCAGCAUCCUUCGCACUCUUCUCGAGAUCGUUCCCCUUCCGAAAGCAGCUCGUUCAACGUCAGUCGGCUCGUACGCCGUCAGCCGCAGCAAACCCCUACAGCGAUCCUGCGAUCAAGAAGGCAGCACGCGAAGAGAUCCGAAGAGAAAGGCUAGCGAGGACCAACUCGGCAGAUAGCGUUACUAGCCAUGCUAAGAUGCCUCUCCUGGGUAUUGCAGACGAUCCUGAAGCUGAAAUUGACGAGAUAGUAGCAGAAGUCAAGGCAGAGAUCGAGCAAAGAAAGAGGAGGGGUAGCGUCAUGCAAGGGUUCGACGUCAAGAAAGCCGUGCAAGAGAAGCUGAAGCAGUUCAAUAGAAAGGGGUAG